AUGUCCUCCUCUGUGCUUUACGUUCCGGACGAUGAGGAAGAUCAAUCCUAUGUGAGUGCCAACUCGGCAGCCCUACGCAACGACCAACUCCGUCGCCGCACUGAAGCGGUUGCGAACUUGGCGGCGAACCGUGAGACGAAGAUGGUCUUUUCGUUGAAGAUUCUGGUCAUGCUCUUGCUGCUGGCUUCCACGGCCAUGGCUUCUGCUGGCGUUUACCGAUAUUCGACCAAUGAUCAGACCAUGGAAUUUGAGCGCGACUUUGAAUCGUACAGUGCCAAAAUGACCGAAAAUUUUCGUCUCGCUGUGGACCGAAAGCUUGGGGCCAUUGCCUCCAUGGCCAAUGCGAUGACUACAUACGCCCAAGAUACAAAUGCUACGUUUCCGUUUGUGACCUUGAGCAACUUUCCGGUACGAGCUUGUGAUUUGAGGGUGCUAGCCGAGGCGCUCAUGAUCAUCUGGACCCCACUGAUCAAUGACACCAAUCGAUUGGAAUGGGAAGAGUGGGCCUUUAUGAACCGGUACCAGCAAAACAGGGCGUUUGAACAAGAAGCCAAACUGAGGCAAAGACAAGACGCUGCCUUUGCUGCCAAGGCACAGCAGCAGCAGCAAGCCAUGACAAGUGAUACUGGCGAACGAUUCCUCCAGCAGCAGCCUCCGCCCAAAGACUCCAACAUGCUGCAAGAUGAAUCGGACUAUCACUUGAGAAUCUACAAGGGUGGACCCUGGAACAACAGUGCGGAAGCCGAUGGUUCCGGCCACUACCUACCUGUGUGGCAACGAAGUCCGGCCGUGACUCCCAACCAAAAGUUGCUCAACUUCAACUUUGCAACUUCGAAUGUCUUUUCGGAUGUCCUCCCAGUUAUUCUAGAUGAUCCAAAAGUUGUCAUUAACAAAGCCGAAGUUGUUCCGCCCCAGUUUCAGCAAACAAUGACGUACACCUUGAGAGGAAGUCAAUAUCGCAAUGACGUGGAUGAGUACCUCUUGGAUCCUCUGUCUUUCAUGGCCUAUCCGGUCUUUGAUUCGCUGGAUGUUGACAACCGAAAACUCGCGGGCCUCCUCAUCUCCAACCUCUAUUGGCGCAUGUACUUUUUGAACACGUUGCCACCAUCGGCCAAGGGAAUCGUCUGUGUGCUGAGCAACUCCUUCAACCAGACGCUCAGCUACCGAGUCGACGGCCCCGAUGUGGAGUUCCUGGGAGAGGACGAUUUCCAUGACCCCAAGUAUUCAAACAUGGUAGUGACGGAAGAUAUUACUUCCUUUGUCAAGGAUCAGACCAGCAUCGAAACAAGAGCAUACAUGACUGUCCCGUUGCAUGAUACAUUUGGUCUAUACACACUCAAGAUAUAUCCAAGUGCCGAGACUGAAGCUGUUUACCGGUCCAAUGAACCCAUCUUCUACAUGAUCCUCGUUGGUUCUGUGUUUUUGUUGACGGCAUUUGUGUUCAUCGCUUUUGACUUUUGGGUCGAGCGAAGGCAAAAGAUUGUCGUCGAGCAAGCCGCCGUCUCGGGAGCAAUCGUCAACAGUCUGUUCCCCGAAACGGUGCAAGAUCGCCUGUACGAAGAUGAAGCCAAAUCCAAAAAGGAAGGAACAGGUGCCUGGAAACAUCAAGAGGGCAACGUAGAAGGUCUUGAAGCACUCAGCGAAGGUCAGCACAGCAUGAACAAUCAGAGUCGUUUGGGAAACCAGAUUGCAGACUUGUAUCCUGAUGCGACCAUCAUGUUUGCGGACUUGAAAGGCUUCACUAGUUGGUCGUCCUCCCGCAGUCCCAGCGAAGUCUUUUGCCUCUUGGAAUCUCUGUACAAUGCUUUCGAUGCCAUCGCCCUGCAACGUGGUGUCUUCAAAGUAGAGACUAUUGGAGAUUGCUAUCUUGCAGUUUGCGGCUUGCCACAGCCCAACCCUGAUCACAGCACGAUAAUGGUGAAGUUCGCUGGUUCUUGUCUAUCCAAGAUGAACGAACUCGUCAAAAAGCUCGGUGAGCAGCUUGGUGCAGAAACGGAAAAGCUGCAGCUUCGUGUGGGUCUCCACAGUGGACCAGUAACGGCGGGAGUACUCAGGGGACAGAAGUCUAGGUUUCAGCUGUUUGGUGACUCUGUAAAUGUCGCUUCGAGGAUGGAAUCGACUGGUCAAGGAGGGCGCAUUCAAGUUUCUGAGGACACCGCAGAGCAACUACGAGCCCGAGGGCACGGAGACUGGUUGAAAGCCAGGAGAGAUCCAGUGGAGGCAAAGGGCAAAGGGACAUUGUCGACCUAUUGGAUUGUGUUUGCCGGUGCGGGAACUCGUGCAAGUACAUGUAUCUCCGAAGGACACCACAGCAGACUCGAUUUUUCUUGUAGGCUUCAGAGUGAAGAGUCGAGCGAACCAAGCUCGGAUUCCACUGGUGAUAGAGAGGUCUAUGAUGCGGAGCUUCCCUGCUAG